UGAACUGAGAAGGGGGGAAUUGGCCAGAGUAGAUCUCUCCAGUCUCUCUCCUGUCAGAGAAAAUGUACCGCAACAAUCCUUGACACGAGACUCAAGCGGGAUGCGACAAAUAUCAUACCUUUGACAUCUGGCCAUAUUGCAUUAAAAUUGCAUGAUUACAUUUUUAAGUCGUUUAGUCCGGAGUUAAAGCCUAUUCACAAUGAAGUUAUUGGAUUUGUGGACAGCAUUCGUCCGCUGUAAGGAUUUUUACCUGACUUGAGAAAACGUUGGUUAUAUGACCUCAUUCUAAGAGUGGAACUGGAUACUCAGCUUCCUAAGUCCACCAGCACCUCUCUGUGGCCUGUGGUUGCACAUUGGAUUUAAACCUACCAAGCCAGUGCGAACCAUGGAUGACCUAAUAGCCAGACACUACAACUUCACAGGGAAAUUUCGCAAGGUCGAUAAAGACCCUGGACUCAGAGCGGACUCUGUUGUUUUCAUCAUCGUGUGCUGCUUCAUCAUUCUGGAAAAUGUUCUGGUUCUCCUCACCAUUUGGAGGACCAAGAAGUUCCACAAGCCCAUGUACUACUUCAUUGGGAACUUGGCUUUGUCAGACUUGCUGGCUGGAGUGGUAUACACAGCAAACAUAUUGCUGUCAGGAGCCAACACUUAUAAGUUGACUCCCACACAGUGGUUCUUCAGGGAAGGAAGUAUGUUUGUGGCCCUGGCUGCUUCCGUGUUCAGUCUCUUGGCCAUCGCCAUUGAGCGGCACCUGACCAUGUUGAAGAUGAAGCUCCACAAUAACGGGAAGACGUGCCGCGUUUUCAUGCUGAUCAGCACCGUGUGGUUCAUCGCUGCCAUCUUAGGUGGCUUGCCCAUCAUGGGUUGGAACUGUAUUGAGCGCAUGAACAACUGCUCCACCGUUUUGCCACUCUACCACAAGACCUACAUUCUCUUCUGCACCACCGUAUUCAGCGUCAUCCUCAUGGCCAUCGUCAUCCUGUACGCCCGCAUCUACGCCCUGGUGCGUACGCGGAGCAGCAAGCUGGUCUUCCGCAAGGUCGCCAACGGCCGUGGUACCAACAAGAGCUCGGAGAAGUCCAUGGCCCUGCUGAAGACCGUCAUCAUCGUGCUGAGCUGUUUUAUAGCAUGUUGGGCUCCGCUCUUCAUCUUGUUGCUCCUCGAUGUCGCUUGCCAGAUCCGCACUUGUGCCAUUCUCUACAAGGCUGAGUGGUUCCUGGCUUUAGCCGUCCUCAACUCCGCCAUGAACCCUUUGAUUUACACCCUGACCAGCAACGAAAUGCGCCGGGCCUUCAUCAAAAUGCUUAACUGUGGAAUCUGCGGCCAUCCGGCUGGCAAGUUUUCAAGGCCAAUCAUGGGUGCCGAAUUCAGUCGAAGCAAGUCAGAUAACUCCUCCCACCCCAACAAAGAAGAGCCCGAAUACUCACCCAGGGAAACAAUAGUGUCUUCUGGAAAUAUCACCUCUUCUUCAUAAAGGAUUUGAACCGGGAGAAACCAGGAUUUGUUGAAGUCUUUCAUUUACUCUGAAAAGUGCUUACACUCGGGACUUUGUCUUCUGCAAUUCCUGAUGGACUAUCAAUGUUGAAGCUGUCCCACCCUUCGGUAUCAGAGCGAGCUAGGAAAGCACUUAACCAACUGUUAUUCAGUGUUAUUUGUCAACUUUUUUAUCCCUGUCAAAUGAAAACAAUGUAUCAGUUUGAGAAACCUUUAGAGUAGCACUUUUCGUGAAAGUGCUCCUUGAUAGGCAUUACUGACUCUCUAAAAUGCAUUGAUGUGAAACAUACUAGCUUGUCAUGGUCGUUUGUACUACAUUAUGGAAAUUAAAUUAAAGAAAUGCAGUCGAGAGUUACUUGUGUUUCUUUGACUUAACACUACAGUAUUAGGAUAUUGUUUCGCCCCGAUCGAGAAUGUAUUUUGUAUUUGUUUUUCUUCACCUUUCAACAAAUAAACUAUUGUUGUAGAAGUUGUGCAUGUAGCUACAUUAGCUGUCAAUAUUAAUUUAUCUUUGAAACAGUUCCAAUAAAUUUGAAACUUUGGAUGA